AUGGCCGAUGACGAGAUUCAGAGCUUGCGCCAGCUUUUGGAGGACGAGAAACGACGUCGGCAGGAAGCGGAGCAGGCUCAACGGGCCUCAGAACAAGCUCGACGGGAAUUAGAAGAACAGAUACGGCCCUUAACACUUUAUGAAUAUCUUGAUGCCUGCCACACUUAUCUCUUUGGGGGUCUUCUCCCUGGCAAACCCGACCAUUCAACCAAAGGGAAUGCCGACAAUGCUGAUGGCAAACUUCGUCCUCAUCGCAUCCGAGAAUGGCUUCCGUUUGCCGAUGCACAGACAAAAAUAUGGGCCCGGUUGCUGAAUGAUGAGAAUGAAAAAAUCGACCUUCGCUAUUUUCAACGGGAUGCCAUCACAGCGCCCGUAGGCUCGGUAAUAGAGGUCUUCUUUGAGAAUGAGCAACUCCGACAGUUAUUUGGGCUUCAGGGACAGAUUUCCUUUGAAAACCACGCAAAUACACUUACCAUCAGCGAGGAGGAUGAGGGAGUUGUGGCGCGUCCAUCAAAGCUCCGGAAAGGAACUGGAGGGGCUGCAACACCGACCAACCCUCCAUCUUCCGCCCGACCUCUGGCAGAUGAGUUUUGCAUUUACAAUAAAGGUGAGAAUGUCAAAAUUCCUGCCUUGAUUGGUGAACUCAAGCCACCACACAAACUCCCACUGGCAAUUAUUCAAAAUGGACUUCAAGAUAUGGAGCUUGCUGGGAUAGUUGAGCGUCAUCAUGAUGAGACAGAGGAAAUUCGGCAUCGUCGUUUAGUCGCUGCAGUCAUCACCCAGGCGUUCUCUUACAUGAUCAAAGCCGGUGUUGAAUACGGGUAUGUGAGCACUGGCGAAACUUUUAUUUUCCUUCACUUCAAAGCUGAUGAACCAGGGACGGUUUAUUAUUAUCUUUCAGUCCCCGAGCAAGAUGUGGGCAAGAAAACUGGAUUUACAGGGGAGGCCGAUGAUGAUGACAACAGGUUACACAUGACAGCAGUUGGGCAGGUUCUUGCAUUUGCACUUCGAGCAAUAAAGACUACCCCCCAUGAUCAAAAAUGGAAAGACUGGGCCGCGACUCAGUUGAAUAUGUGGGUGGUUACAGAAGAAGAUUUAUAUUUGCCAACGCCGGAAAAGGAUGAGAAGCCUCCAACACCUUACAGGCCACUGAAAAGUGCUCAGAUCUUUGUCAGGAAUAGCCCUGUCCGCACCCGAUCGAAGGCCGCCUGGUCGACCUGCAAACCAACAUCUUUAUCGCAGAAGAGCAGUGGGGAAGGUGACAACGAUAGCGAGUCUGACCCUGAUUCUCCUAGCCAAAGACCUCGCCGUCCUGCGGAUGUCAUGGUUGUGUUACCUCCGCCACCUAACCGAGUAUCAUCCUACAAGUGGCCCGUUUGUAAGGAUGGAACUCGGCGAUAUUGCACGCAAAAGUGCUUGCUUGGUCUUUUGAAUGGUGGGCCGCUGGAUAGAGCCUGUCCAAAUGCCAAAGAACAUGGGACAGAAGUCCAUAAGAUCGACCAUACCACUUUCCUCUCCCUCCUCAUGGCACAGAUACUACAAGAAAUAGGAGAUCCAUGGACCCAGCCUCUGGGUUGCGAAUCGUUGCAUAGACACGGUGCUCGUGGUGCACUGUUUGAAGUUAUUCUUUUUCAAUAUGGGUACACUCUUGUAGGAAAAGGCUUUCCUCCGGAGUUUGGUCACUACCUCAGGCAUGAAAAGGCACUCUACAACCAGUUGCAGCCGAUCCAAGGUGUGCAUAUUCCUGUAUGUCUUGGCACAAUCGAUGUCUCUAAGCGGCCCAUGUUCUACGAUGGAAUCGCAGACAUUCCCCACUUUUUACUUCUCGCCCACGCAGGCAUUGAAGUCUCAAAAUGUGAUGUUGCAGAGGCUCAAAUUGUGUCUGCAGCAUCGGAGGCAUUGCAGGCCAUUCAUGCGCUGGGUGUACUCCACCAUGAUGCGGAAACAAGAAAUAUGUUUUGGAGUGUGGAAGGUGAGAAUGUGCUGGUAAUUGAUUUUGAAAGAGCAGAUAUUCUUCGCCCUGAACGAGCGCCUUUAGGAAACACAUCACCGAACCAGAAAAGAAAGAGGGGGUCCGAAAGUAUGGGUGGAGAAACAAAGCUGGAUGUGAGACAGAAGCAGAUUGACGCUAAAUUUGGGAGAGAGCUGAAGGCGAUGGUGCAAUCCUUGAAUACCUACCUCAAGUCUUGA